GCUCCGUUCCCUAGUCCGAGGCAGGAGCCGAGCGCCUUACACAAGAAGAGCGGUGAAGCUGCCGUCGCCCCCGCAGAAUGGCUUGCACAGUUUCUGCUGUUGGUGUCCUCCUUUUGUUUGGUCUUCUGCUGCCCUCAGGAGAGGGCAGCAAGAGGAACCGUGGCUCACAAGGAACCAUCCCUUCUCCUGACAAAGACCAGCCCAAUGACUCCGAGCAGACCCAGCAGCCGCCACCACCAGGCUCCAGACCCCGCGGUAAGGAGAAAGCCAAACCUCCAUCUACUGAAGAGGUGCUGGAAUCGAGCCAAGAGGCGUUGCAUGUCACGGAACGGAAGUACCUGAAAAGGGAUUGGUGCAAAACACAGCCACUCAAGCAAACUAUCCAUGAGGAAGGCUGCAGAAGCCAAACCAUCCUGAACAGAUUCUGUUACGGCCAGUGCAAUUCAUUCUACAUCCCGAGGCAUGUCCACAGAGAGGAAGGUUCCUUCCAAUCAUGUUCAUUCUGCAAACCAAAGAAAUUCACCACCAUGUUGGUUACGCUGACCUGCCCAGACCUGCAACCUCCAACCAAGAAAAAGAGGAUCACACGAGUUAAAGAAUGCCGCUGUAUAUCCAUAGACUUGGACUAGGAGGCGUCAUGGAGGAUAUUCUGCCCACCAGUGCAUUUCCUCCUCCAGUCCAGGGGUCUAAACCUCUUUAGGUGUGUCCAAAUGUGGCAUGAAUCAAAGAGAAUCACAGCAAACAGUAUGUGUUAUUCAUCUGUAAGUGGGAACUUCA